AUGUCAUGUAGCCCCUUCUUACUUGCGGCUGUUCUGAAUCAUGUAUUAGAUCAGGUAGAAGAGCCAUUGAAAAGUCUUGCAGUGAAGAUCAAAGACUCUAUGUAUGUUGAUAAUUGCAUUGCAAGUGUAGACUCAGCUUCAGAAUUGGAAUAUUUUAGAUCUGAAUCUCAGAGAAUUUUAAAAGCUGCUAAAUUUGAUUUACGUGGCUAUGAAAAUAACUACCUACUUGAAAUGAACGAAUUUGUGCAAGAUAAUUCCAUCUGUGAAAAGGAAGUGUCCGUAUUAGGCCUAAAAUGGGACAAGCAAAAUGACACUUUAUCCUGUGAGCUGGUUAAAGAAGAAAACAAUAGUAAACCAGUUACCAAGAGAAAAAUCCUAUCUAUGGCACACCAGCUGUUCGAUCCUAUAGGGUUCACUUGUCCUAUAACGUUGAUCCCGAAACUUCUUCUACAAGAAUGCUGGAAGAUUGGAAUUUCUUGGGAUUCAAAAUUGCCCGACGAAAUAAUUAAGAGAUUCGAAAAAUGGAAAGAAGAAUUAAAAGAAUUGAGCAACUUCAAAAUUUCUCGUAGACUUUCAAACUUAAAUCUUUCUAAAUCAAGCUUAACACUUCAUAUCUUUUGUGACGCUUCCAUGGUGGCAUAUCCGACUUGCAUCUUUUUGAGGGCGGAAAGGAAUAGAAAAGUUACUUGCCAACUUAUUCAAGAAAGAUCUAGAGUUGCCCCAUUGAAAAAAGUGUCAAUACCAAGAUUAGAAUUACUUGCAUGUAACAUUGGAGCUAGAUUGGCUGAUACAGUAAAAAAGGAUUUAAGAUUGGAAGAUAUUGAAACAUUUUUCUGGAGCGACUCCAUGGACGCUCUUUAUUGGAUAAGGAAAGAAGGCCCUUGGACGAUUUUCGUAUCCAAUCGAGUUGACGAAAUUAGAAGACUUUCAAAAGCCAGUGACUGGAAGUUUGUUCCGGGAACCCAAAAUCCAGCGGAUUUGCCUUCAAGAGGUUGCACAGUUAAAACCCUAUUGAAGAGACAAUGGCACGAAGGAACAUCUUGGCUUAAAGAAUCAAGAGAAAACUGGCCUAAUUUUGAUCGAGUUCCUGAUGAAAAAAUAGUGUAUGCCAAGAAGAAGAAAAUCAUUUUAUCAUCUUCAAAUAUAAAAGAUGACGAAUUUUACAACAUAUCAUCCUACAAGAAAAUAAUCAGAAUUACAGGCUGGAUAUAUAGAUUUUUUGAAAAUUUCAGAGCAAGCAGUAAGAAAACAGGAAAAUUAUCUGUAGAAGAGUUUAUUAAAGCUGAACUCAAAAUCUUGAAAAGGGUUCAAGAAGACUCAUUCCAAGGCAAAAAAUUGAAGAGUCUGAAACUCCUGUCAAUAUUUACAGACGCUAAUGGACUUGUGAGAAUUAAAACAAAAAUCAUUAUGCGAGAAGACAAUGAAAACUUUAAAGUUCCAAUUAUUUUACCAUCUGAUCAUCAUGUUGUUAAGAGCCUUAUUUUACACAAACACCAAGAACUUGGACAUCCUGGAGUACAAUCUUUAAUGGUAGCUCUGAGAGAAGAUUAUUGGAUAUUAAAAGCUAGAAGAACUGUAAAAAAGGUACUGAAAACCUGCAUAACUUGUCAACGAUUUAAUGUGAAAAGACCUGAAAUACCAGAAGGAAUACUCCCGGAGGACAGAGUAAAAAACGCCUCAAUUUUUGAAGUUAUAGGAGUGGAUGUUGCUGGACCGUUGCUUACGAAGGACAACAAGAAAGUGUGGAUCGCAAUUUUCACCUGUGCGAUUUAUAGGGCAGUCCUAGGUCAUACAUCCUUAAAUUACCAGGAAAUUGAAACUGUUUUGUGUGAUUGUGAAAGUCAACUCAAUUCAAGACCCUUAACAUAUGUUAGCGAUGAUCCCGAUGAUUUAUGUCCUUUAACACCUAAUUUAUUCCUGAAAGACACUCGUACUAGUAGUACUACGGUCUUGGAUAGAUUAAAGCUAACUGACAAGACGGAAUUAAGCAAAAGACUUGUGUAUAGAAGAAGACUGAUGACAGAUUUACGAGCAAGAUUCCGUAGUGAAUAUCUGAGUCAGCUACAUCAUAGACUGACAGUUCGAAAGACAACAUACCAUCCUAAAGUUGGAGAUAUCAUCUUGAUUUGGAAUGAUAAUCACAAAAAAAUACAUUGGCCCUUGGGAAGAAUACUCUCAGUUUACUCUAGUAAAGAUGGACUGAUCAGAAGAGCCAAAGUUAAGACCAAAUCCGGAAUUCUGAUCAGACCAAUUGAAAAUCUCUGCCCAUUAGAACUGGACGAGGAGAAUCUCAACAGCGAAGAUCAGCUGCCAGAGACUUCUAAAGAUGAGCCAGAAAGAACAUCAUCGGACAUUCCUGAUUCAGUUCCUGCUACUACCAGAGUUGGACGUGUUGUUCUCCCACCAUCCAGAUUUGGACAAUGA